AUGAAGCGGAGCCAGGCCGAGAUAAAACACACUGUAAACGGCCGGCCGGUCGGAUAUUUGGUUACAGGGAGGCGGCGGCACGUGCGCCGGAGCUCCGGGCCAGGUGGUGGAGCUCGUGCCGUUGAAGAAACAGAAGAGGCAACAGCAGCAGCAACAGCGGCAGCGGCAGCGGCGGCGGCGGCAGCAGCAGCAGCAGCAGCAGCAGCGGGGGUGGGAGGCUACGCGGACGGUCUGGACGAAGGAAGGGGAGGAUGCGAAGCGGUAGGAGCGAGCGUGUUCGAGGAGGUUAGUUGCUCACCGGUGGCGGAUGGCGAGGUCUGCUGCGGCGACAGCAGUACCACCACCAACUACAGCCACCGUCGUCAUCACCUGCAUCAUAUACAUCGUCGCUAUAGUCAUCGUCACCAGCAACAGCAACAACAACAACAACAACAACACCAGCAACUACACCAUCAACAACAACUACAGCCUCAUCGAUGUCACCAACGGAGGGACAGCGUGGCUAGCAACGAGCUCGUCGUCGACGAGGAAGCCGACGAUGAGGCUACGUGCCAGGAUCAGGCUACCGCUGCACCACCUCAUCGGGACAUCCGUCACGAGCUCCAUCACCUUCAACACCAUCACCAUCAUUUGCAUCACCAUCAUCACCACCAUCUCCACCAUCACCACCACCAUCAUCACCAUCUGCAUCAUAUCCAUCAGCGGCUGCGGGACGACAGAUCGCCGUGCGAUCGGGACGAAAGCGUCGAUCGGAUCGUCCGGACGAACAGCGAUCGUCACGCGGAUGGUACCACCGCCACCGAUAACCCUGCCACCGUCACUGCCAUGACGAGAGGAUGCUGGAUCCCGCCCUACCUCGCUACUCUACUCAUCCUCUCUUACACCCUCUUCGGUAUAGCAGACGCCUGUUCAUCACGGUCGACACCGAAACCACGGCCGCCGACGCCGACGCCUCGACCGAACAUCACAUUCCACAUGUACACGUGUCCACCGGAUUAUGCGGAAUGGUACUGCUUGAACGGUGCCACAUGUUUCACUGUCAAAAUCGUCGAUUCCCUCCUUUACAAUUGUUUCCUCCUGCACGUUCUACAACGUUCUACCGAGACCUUUUCAGAGGAACCACACACGAUCUUCGAGGCUGGAAACGCAGUCGUGAUCAAAGACCACACGCGCAUGAGAAUUCAGCCAGAGUAUUUGUUCCGCAAACGAGACUUGGCGGAAUAUUCGAAUCACGCAUUUGGGAGCAGCUUUUUCGUCGAUAACCAUCGAUCUAUCCCUGUCUACCCCCGUUCCAGGGUACUUCAGUGUACCUGUUCCGAGAUUAUUUACGUUUAAAGUAGCUACACAACUGCAACAGGAUGAUUUACGACUCGUGUAACGUUAGUGCCCAUUUGCGUCUACUCUCCUUCGAUCAUUCGGCUCCGUGUAUUUUCUUUUUUUUUUUUUUUUUUUUUUUCGAAGGUUUCUAUAAACAACAUAGAAAUUCACUUUGCGAAGGUUCGAUCAAGAUUUCGUUCGACUUGCCGGAUCGGUUCGCAAACAAUCCGCCUCGUGUGACUAGCCGUCGUUCGAAAUCGACGUCCCAUUUAGAGGGCCUCUCGAACGAUCGCUUUCCAAGAGGAAGCAGAACUAUCUCACGGUGGAAGGAUUGCGACACGGCCGUAUCACGCGUGGAAUUUCAGCGGCGAGAAGACGCUUUGGAAUAUUACGUAACGAGACACACCCUUUGUAAAUAGCAGCCAGUCGGUGUGAUCGGAACGAAAAUACCGGCUGAACGCGACCGGCUCUCUCGCGAUCGUUGUUAAAUCUUUCUCCAUACUAUUCGAGAGAAGAGGAAAAAUUCGUUCUCUCGCAGAGGAAAAAUUCAGAGUUACUUCUCGAUUGCACGACCAGGCGCAGAAGUAUUUUGAUUGACACGCUCUUGCGACAGAAGUUUCAAAAUACUUGUCAACGACGAUGCGAUCGGAAAUCAGUUGCAAUUGACAUAUGCAGAUUUUAUAUAAUUUUGAGGGUAACUCGAAUGUUUAUAUUCAAAAAAAGAUUAUGAAUUUUUAUUUCUUACUACUAUUACCGAUUCAGGCGUACAAUCUUGUCCAGAUGAAUUAACAUUCUCGUUGAUAGGAAUUUUGAAAUUUGUACAGAGGAAAUCGUUCAGAGUUAAACAGUUGGCAAUACUGUCUGCGACCUCAUCUGAAAAAUAA